UUACAUUGGUCGAUGACAACGUAGAUAUACAUAGAUAUAAAGAGAGAGAAUAGAUGACCUAUUAUACUAGCAGCAUUGGUUGUGUUGCAAGAAAACAGUGACGAUAUGUGAGAGAGCGACCGAGAGGAUGGUGGCUAUAGUCGGUGAUAGAGUGUGUAUAGAGAGAGAGGGAGAGAGAGACAGUGCAACGGUUGGGAUUAGGUUUAUAUUCUGGAGGUUGGACGGGAUUACGCAGCGCAAUUCCCCGUGCUGCGCGGUGCUCUCUGGGAUUCACCACACGGCAUUUCUCAGUUUCCACGAACUGAUCGACGAUCCCUCCCACACCCCGCGGUCCUCCUGAGAUACACUAGCUAUAUGGAAACAUGGCCAACGUUCCGCAGAUCGUGAAAAUUGGGAUUUCACUGAAGAUGCUUCCUAACAACACAGCCGUGUACUUCAAAUCCGACGGGACCCGGUUCGGACAGACCCGAACCAUCAAGCUUCUGACCGGGUCGAAGUACAAAAUCGAGGUUGUUGUUAAACCAGGAGCGGUCGAGGCCACGUCAAUGAGCGUGGGUGGGGUGACCUUCCCCCUGGAGCAGCAGUCUAAAGACCCACAGUCUGUGGUCUAUACUGGCCUGUACGAGACAGAAGGUGUGGCACAUACCAAAAGUGGAGAGAGGCAACCAGUUCAGGUCAGCAUACAGUUCACAGAGGCGGGAAUGUUUGAAACGGUGUGGCAGGUGAAGUACUACAACUACAACAAGAGGGAUCACUGCCAGUGGGGAAACAGCUUCAACAGCAUUGAAUACGAAUGCAAACCCAACGACACGCGUACGCUCAUGUGGGUCAACAAGGAGAUGUUUGUGUGAUGGUCUGAAAGAUUUUUUAAAUCAUCUGCAUGUUGUUUUGAAAUGAAGACAAUUCUGUGGUUUUCCUCUGUUUUCUGUCUGUCUGCAAUCUGCCAAUAUCGGAAAAACUAAAGGUAUUUGAAGAGAAAAUGCAGGAUUUCCCUCCAUUAUGCCCUCAAGAAUGUGUUCAGGCUCCUGCUAAUUCAUUUCUAAUGGUUUGAAAUAUAAAAUGCAGUGAUGUUUCCAGUCUUUUCGCAUUUAUUGAGGCUAAAAUUAAAUGAAGUUUUAUGAGGCAAAUUUUUUUUUUCACAUGCAGUUUUUUUGUGGCAUCUGGUAAACCCCAAGUGUGACAAGAGUUACAUGUAUGUACAUUGGUGUAUGUGUGUGAGAGUGCCUGUGUGUUUAGUUACAGUAUCUGUUUACAUAUGGUGCUUGUACAGACGUGCAUGUACUUUGAAGCUACUGAACGUCUACAGAGAGUUUCAUUUCAAAAUCCAAACUUUCCACAAAAGGAAACACAGAGCAUUCUAGUGUGGUUAAAGAAAUUCUUCAGACAUGCUUAAAAAUGAAUUACAUCAUUCUCUGUCUGAUUUAACAAGUGCAGUAAUUUAUACAAGAAUCAAAACAACUGUUUCUGUCACUGUAAUAUAAAUUUAGAAUUUAUAUUCAAUUGAAUUCAGCUUCAUUUAUGCUGUGCCAAGGCUGAAGGCUGUUCUUAUUAUCCAAACAGCUGUUUUGUUGGUGCUGUUGCCAUUUUAAGUCAUUAUUGACUGCUUCUAUGCAAACUUUGGUUAGUUGUUGUUACCCAAAAUCAUAACUGUCUUGUUUGAUAAAUGUUUUCAGCCCAUAUCAUUUUGCAAUGGAUUGCACUUGUGAGUCUUGUGAGUCAGCAACCAUGAAAUUAUCGAAACUUUGCUGUCACACUUCGAGUGAUUUUUAAAAUAGUCCCAAUUUUGGAAUGAAACCCUCAGGGUAGUGUUUGUGGAUCAGUGUGUUUUAUCAUUUGUGUAAUACAGUGUGGCAAAUAGGAGUUUUGGAUUUGGGUGAAGUUGUGCCCCUGUCUAGUGUAUGUUUAUUCUCUCUACCUCUAACAGUGGUCCUUGCCACGGAUAUUUGUGCGUAAAGACAAAUAAUUUAUUUGGAAUAUUUGGACCAUUUUGUUCUAUUUAAUGUGGUAAAUAUAUGAUAUUUGAAAAAAUGUAUUUUUGUACAGUGAGUGGACCAUGUGAAAUGUUUUUACGUUACUGUGUGUACUUUGUAGAAAUGAUAACUAUUUUCAAUUAAAUACUUUACUUACCUAUGCAAGAAAUUGGUGUCAAAUGUGAUGUUAAAUUUUUUCUGUUGUGAAGUUUAUAUUCAGUAUUGUUCUGACCUUUUUUGUGAUAGUGUUGACUGUUUACA